UACGGAAUUUCCGAGGAGACCCUGAAGGCAGCAUUUUCCCCGCAUGAACCUGCUUAGUUUCAGUUAGCCGUUAAAUGUUUGUCUGUCGCACAGGUGUGUGUCGACUCGUCCUUUUUUGUCAAAUGCCGAACACUCCAGAUGAGAAACUAAAUGCCCGGUGACUCGAAUGUUUCCUCGGACUCCCUAAAACAAACCGUGCUGUUUGUGGGAACAAAAAAAGCAAAGCUAACGGGUCGUAACGUUAACAUGUUAUUAACGUUAGCCCCAGCAAGACAGGUGCACUGCGGCUUCGAGAUUUGAGACGUUAGCCUCAUAGUUUGUGAUACAGACAGCUUGUAAGUGGACAUCUGUGUUUCAGCUUUGUACGAAGAUAACCUAACGUGACAUUAUCAACAGUUUGAAUACUGACAUCAUGGCCUCAGCCCAGUCAGAGCAUUCCAGCGUCUUGCAAGAGGAGCUCACCUGCCCAGUGUGCCUGGACUUGUACCGCGACCCCCACUUGCUUCCUUGCGGCCACAACUUCUGCAAGACCUGCCUGGAUCGCCUAAAGCGGCAAGCAGAUCGCGGUCGCUUCCGCUGCCCAGAGUGCCGCGAAAGCCACCGGUGUGGCAUCAACUUUCAGAAAAACUUCAAACUAGCUAAUAUUGCUGACGACUACCGUCACCGACGCAGAUCUACUACUGCAGCUGCUACAGCUUUAAAACCCAGGGAAUUGCUGUCGUCUUCUCUGUCAGCGCAGCAAGCCAGGAGUCUGUUUGCUGUUCCAUGUGACUACUGCCCCUCAGUUGCCGCAGAGGCAUCAGGCAUCAGUGCUGUCGGAGAAGGGUAUUCUGCUGCUUCUGUUUCUCAGGAAGAGGGUGACAAACAGGAACCUGCUGCUGCUGCUGCUGCUGCUGCUGCUGCUGAGUCAAUGUUUGCAGUCAAGACGUGCCUGAAGUGUGAGGUGUCAAUGUGCCAGGAGCAUGUCAAGCCACAUCUUGAACUGCCGGCGUUCCGCGAGCAUCCACUGACAGAACCGAUGAACGACUUCUGGAAGAGGAAGUGCCCGGAUCAUGAUGAGAUAUACAGAUAUUACUGCAUGGAUGACAAGAUGUGUGUGUGCAACGCCUGCACCAUAGAAGGAGGACACUCGGGACACACAAUUAAGACCCUAAAAAACACGAUGAAAGAUCUCAAGGGCACGCUGGAUAAGCAGCUCUACAGGGUUGAAAGGAAGUACAGCAUGGCAGAGAAAAAACUCCAGGAGCAGAGAGAGAAAGAGAGACAGAAUAAGAAGUUUAUGGAUGACUCUGAGCAGUGCUUGACCAGGCUGGGGGAAGAGAUGAAGGCCAAAAUACUCCGAUUCGUCACCAGAUUGCGAGAAUGCACACGUAGUCAUUGUGACGCCAACGGGCCGGCGAUUCAGAAGAACAUCUUCAGGAUCUGCCAGGACCAGGUCCGUCUCCAGGAGGUCCGCUGUGGCAUCGAAGGCCUCAUGCAGGAAAGCGACCCUUUCCGCUUUAUCGAGGCACACAAGACAACAGGAAAACAGUGCCGUAGGCAGCUAAGAAAAAACAUGUUCUACCCAGAAUACGUCGACAUGGAGACGGAGGUUCUUGGAGUGAUGAUGGAGGAAGAAAUGAGAAAAUUCCUUGAUGAGGAACUACCGUGUCACAUUGUUGCUGCCAUUAAUUCCCUGUGUCACCUGUCGGAUCACGAGGAGGAGGAGGACCAGGAGGAGAAUGAGGAAGAGGCUGUGGAGGAUGACGACGACGACCACGACGACAGCAGCGUCGAGGAAAUGAGGAGCGAGGGGGAGGAAGAGGAUGAUGAGGAGGAGGAGGAGGAGGAGGAGGAGGAGGAGGAAGACGACGAGGAGGGAAUUGACCAGAGUGAGCUUUACAGCCCAGGGGAGGAAGAGGAGGAGGAAGAGGAAGACGCUGAAGAGGACGAGAACGAAGAAGAGGAGGACGAGGAAGAGUGAUGAGUUUAACCGAGGACAGGAUUUGGAUACAUAUAUUUUUACACCUAUUAAAGCACUUUGGAUUUGAUUCUUAACUGCGAGUGCCAUGUACAGUACAGUUCAGGACUCAAGCAGUGACCACAUUUUGCCUCAAACCCUCGUACAAUGCUCUGAGAUGACACUGGAUGAUAUCAGAGCUUGGAUUCAGCUGGAUUUAAAACGAACCGUGCACUGAGAAUCUCAUGCUAAACCUGUGUUGCGCACUGCUAAACUUAAGGUGCUUUAUAGUAGAAGAUGAUUGAUUGCUGUAUGCGUAAACACGUCAUGUGAAUGUAUAUUGACAGAAUGUGGCUGGAAGGACUCAAAACGCCUCAAACGGAAUUUUGCAAAAUCUCUGCAUGUCUGGAUUUUUACCACUUUGCUAAGAAUUUUACAUCGUGAGUAAUUUGCCUAAACAGAAUUGAGUUGAUUUGAUCUAAUUUGUUUUGAGAACUUUCACCUGAUUUUUUGUUGUUGAAAUAACAGCUUCUGAAAACCUGUGAAAUAAUCUCUUAAAUUUUCCAAGCAUCGGUAAGAUUCCCAGUUUUCCAUCACCAUAGAAAGCCUUUUGACAAGUAUCGAUGUAAACAGGCCAACACAUUUUACCUGAAGGAGAGCAAACACGCAAGGCUACUAACAAUUUACUUGAAUAAGUCCUGUGUUAAUGGAUUGUAUUGAAUUGUGUAUUUCAUUCUUGCUACAGUUUUGCAAGCCAAAGAGAGAGAGAGAGUGAGUGUGUGUGUGUACUUUAAACAUUUUUGUUUGCUUGGCAUGACAUUAGAAAAAAAAUGCAAUAUUAACAGUCUAUACAGGCUUUAGGAUGACUUUGCUUUUCAUAGUUGUGCUUUAAAAGCAGUUAAUGCAUUGUUUAAAUUGUUUUUCCUAUGCACAGUGUAUACAUUAUUCUCAAAAUAUCGGUUUCAGGCGACAACGGAUUUUGCACUUUACUACAGAAAAUGCUAUGUUAUGCCUGAAGUAUGUGAAUGUUAAAAGUUGAUUAUUAUUUUGAUACGAGUGAUUUUGUGAGGGGCCAAACUGAAAUAUGAAUACAUAAUAAUAAAGGUUGUUGAAAUGUG